AUGGCCGAGCUGUAUAAGCGAGGAUACCGCCCGGCGCCUGCUCUUUCCAACCAAGCUGCGCAUCAUGAUGCCAAACGGGGAGAGGAAGUGGCUCACAUCAGCUCCAGCAACGAAAAAGCCAAUUCUCUCCUCCAGUACUCCGCUGCUGAACUUUUAAAACUUCGGCACCACGUCCCCGCUCCUCUUCAGCCACCGGAGCGCGGACAUGACAUCCCCCCGGGCAUCGCCUUCCAGCCCCGGCGGCGCCUUACCAUUCCAACACUUGACCCAAUUUUAGCUGAGAGUCUGGACAGGUGCUUCACUGCUGAGGAACUAAAGAAGGCUGUUAUGUCCAUGCAGAGCCAAAAAAGUCCUGGAGGAGACGGAGUUCUAUAA